CUGUGAGAGAAGAAGAUUCCAACACUAACCCGUCGCACCCUUUGCCGCACAAUGGAGGAGAAAGCUCCUUUAGCCCACGGGGAUGAGCAAGUUUGGCCUAUAACUGGUGCACCCUUCAUCGUUUUCUUAGGCUUUGACAGGAGUUGUAAUGGAAUCUCCAAACAACAGAUUGAGCUUUUUGCAUUAGGGAUACCAGACUAUGAUUCAGAGACAGACCCUCCACAGACAGACUCUCCACCACCACCUCCAUUAUUGAAGCAAAAGCUCAAUCCUCAUGUGGUUGUGGAUCUUCCCCGAUCAAUAUUCUUUGCAGCACUUGGCUCAUCCAUUUACUUUUUCAGUAAUGUUGAGGCCUUUGAUGCUAGCUGCCCUUUCAGGUGUGCUCCUCCACCGACUGUUGCCAGAUUUUACCCUUAUACCAUCUUCCUUGACGACAAGUUAUAUCUUUUGGGUGGUUUGAAGUACGACAACGAAAAAGCAAGAGGCAAUUUUCACUGGAUGGAGGUUUUUGACCCGAAGUUAGGAACAUGGAAAACGUUAACCAAUCCUCCUGUGGAAAUCAGUACUCGUAAGAUGAUGGUUACGCCUCUUCCUGGGCCCCAGAAUCAGAUUCUUGUUAUUGCACCCAUUUGGAGCUCUUAUGGGGUUCCCAAUUGUGUGGUCUUGACAUAUGAUGUCAAGACUGAUAUUUGGUCACUUUUGGAUCUUUGCAUUUCCAAGCUAUUUGCUGGUGGAAGUUGUGAACUGUCUUCUAUACGUGCGCCAAUUCCAAUGGUAGAUGGUAUUUUCUACUGGGUUAAGUUCGGAGAUUGUAAUGAUUUGGUUGUCUAUGCUUACGAUAUUUAUAACGACGACUGUUUUGAGGGCACCUUAAACAUGCUCCAAGAAGUAUUUGGGAAGCGAGAAUAUCUAUAUCAAAGCUGUAUGGCUCCUACUCCACUUAUACAUUUAUGCGAUCACAAAUUCUGCCUUCCUCUGCAAUCCUGGACUAGGAAUGAGAAAAACCAUGAUAGGCGUCACUACCUGUAUUGUGUUGUACUUAAUAUUUCUCCAAUAUUUGAUGGGAAUGAAGAGCUGCAUAAUGAUAUCAGGGACCUUUUCAAUCAUAAGAAAUUGCAUGUUUCUGUUCUCUCUUCUGAGAAAUAUCCAAUGGAUCACGGCGUGAAUAUCUUGGAUACCUACUUGAUGAAUGGAUCCUCACUAUUAAGUGAAGCAAGCAAAGCAGGAGCAAGAGCUUGCAAAAGGCAAAAGGCAAAUUAAUGCUUUGUGCAUUGCAGUCCAUCAAGUUUUUAUUCCCCUUGGAAUUCCCUUGCAACAUUGGUUUUUUCCUUUUUUUUUACUAUCGUUGGACCUUUCUUUUCAUUUAUGUUUAUGCAUUGGGUUCAUUGUUUAAAAAUCUAACUGGCUUUCUCUUUCACCUUAUUGAAUUUAUAUUCCGAAGUUUUGGUA